GUCUGGGCUCCCUGCCUCAGGCUCUCACCCUCCUCUCCUGCAGCUCCUGGUCUGUGCUCUGCCUCUGAGGACACCAUGGCCCGGCCUCUGUGUACCCUGCUGCUCCUGCUGGCCACCCUGGCUGGGGCCCUGGCCUCAAGCCCCGAGGAGGAGGAUAGAAUAAUCGUGGGUGGCAUCCAUGACGCAGACCUCAAUGAUGAGUGGGUACAGCGUGCCCUUCACUUCGCCAUCAGCGAGUACAACAAGGCCACCGAAGAUGAGUACUACAGACGCCCGCUGCGGGUACUGAGAGCCAGGCAGCAGACCGUGGGCGGGACGAAUUACUUCUUCGAUGUAGAGGUGGGCCGAACCAUAUGUACCAAGUCCCAGCUCAACUUGGACACCUGUGCCUUCCAUGAACAACCAGAACUGCAGAAGAAACAGCUGUGCUUCUUCGAGAUUAACGAAGUUCCCUGGGAGAACAGAAGGUCCCUGGAGAAUACCAGGUGUCAAGAAGCCUAGGGAUCUGUGACCACCACCUACUCCCAUCCCCCUGUAGUGCUCCCACCCCUGGACUGGUGGCCCCCACCCUGGGGAAGUCUCCCCAGGCACCUGCACCAGGAGACAGACAGAGAAGGCGGCAGGAGGCCUUUAUUGCUCAGCGGGGGCUCUGCCCUCCCUUCUUCCUUCUUGCUUCUCAUAGCCCUGGUACAUGGUACACACAACCCCCCCUCCUGUAAUUAAACAGUAGCAUCACCUCCCUCUGAGUUCUUGGCUGUCUGGGGAUGUGCACACAGGAAGGGUUUCCGCAGUUCCUUUAUAAAGCCUCCUUGUUCUGCUGGUGUGGAGAUCAGAGGAGUACCUGGGAGCUGACGUGGCCACAGCAAGACUGUCAGGGGAGCUGCUGCCACUUUUGGAGGCCUGAGCUUCAGAACAGGGAGAGAGCAGCCAGGGGCUAGGAACCCAGGCCUU